UGACUAACAUUUUUAUUUAUGAUUUUGCGCAUCAUUAGAGCGUUCUGUUUCUGUUAUUCGAUUAAUCAUUUAUAAAGAUAUAGCUGCCUGCAACAAAAAAUCUGAAGCCAGAGUGUUUAAAAUAUAAUGGCAUUUCAUGUUAAUUCCAAUGGUGUGAAAGUUUAUAAUGGAUUCGAUGCCAAAAGUCCAUUUUUAAUCGGUGUAGCUGGUGGAACGGCAUCGGGAAAGUCUACAGUAUGCCAGAAGAUAAUGGAAAAAGUUGGAGAAUACUCUGUGGAACAUCAGCAGCGGCAAGUGAUUUGUAUCAGCCAAGAUAGUUUCUACAAAGAAUUAACACCUGAAGAAAAGAAAAAAGCUGCCAAAGGGAAAUAUAAUUUUGACCAUCCAGAUGCUUUUGACAAUGAGCUGAUGCACAAAGUUUUGAAAGAAAUUCUUGCUGGUAGGAGUGUCCAAAUUCCAGUUUAUGAUUUUAAGACAAAUUCCAGGAAGCAAGAUGAAUCCAUUACUGUUCAGCCUGUAGAUGUUGUUUUAUGUGAAGGCAUUUUGGUAUUUUACUUUCCUGAGAUCAGAGAUCUUUUCCAUAUGAAAUUAUUUGUUGACACAGAUCCAGAUACCAGACUGUCUCGAAGAGUUCUUCGAGACACCAGGGAAAGAGGCAGAGAUUUGGACCAAAUUUUGCAGCAAUAUACUACAUAUGUGAAACCUGCAUUUGAAGAUUUCUGCCUCCCGACCAAGAAAUAUGCAGACGUUAUCAUUCCUCGUGGAGCUGAUAAUGAAGUUGCUAUAGAUCUGAUUGUGAAGCACAUCCAGGAGUUGCUACGACAGUCUUCUUUUGCCAUCUGUAUCAUAGUACAAACAAUUCAAGAUCGUUUGUCCCGAUUAUCUCCACGGAACUCCAUAGACCAUGGGAACGAUAGGAAAUCAACUUAUUGUAUGUUUCCCCCACACUAGGAAGAUCAAAAGAAUGAUGCCACAAUUCAGAAAGAAAAUAUAUUUUAAGAAACAAAAAAAUCAAUCAAUUAAAACAAUGUUAAUAUUUUUUUUUCCUGUGAAAUUAUUACAAGUGUUUAGUGAGAAUUGAAUACAAAUUUUUCUCUUUGUUAAAUUUUUAUUAGGGAGAUGUAAUUAUGCUAUUUUAUGUUAUUUUCACUUUUGUAGGUUUAAAACCACUUUCUACAUUUGUUUUUAAUAGAAUAUUAACUGUAAUUUUUUUCAGUGUAUCAUGUUCAUAUAAAAUAAUUCAUGCUGCAAUAAAUAAGACUUUUGCUCCGUUCUUAAUGAAUCCAUAUUUGGAUCUAGCCCAGUUUACUGAUUGAAAUGAAUCAGAAUAGUGCCAUGGGUUUUGAUCUAAUAUAAGAUCUUGCCUAUUUUACUAAUCAAAUUAUCAGUCAUGUGUUGAACCAUGAUGAUAUAUUAGAACUUGUCAUUUUUUUUCUGAUAAAUGUUAAUAUAUGUCUGCCAUAUUUGUUUAAACUUUUUAUAGUCUAUAUAAAUUAUAUUUGUUUUUUAUGUUAUAUUUUAUCUUGUAAUAUUGUUAAUUUAGCAUUUUAUGAAACAUUGAUCUCUAUGUCAUGAGAGUUGAGACCUUUGUAUAUCAGAUAAAAGGUAUCUAAUAGAGCUUUGAUGAAGUGAUUCAAAAUUUGUUUAAAAUGUAUUAGAUUAAUUGAUAUGGGAAGUUUUUUUAUUGUUAUUGUGCAAAAAUAUAUUAUUUUAUUAGUGCUGAAAUUUAUAAAAUUGUUGAUUCUGUGAAAAAAUGUGUAGUGAAAGUAGGAUGAUUGUGUAUAUGUGUGCUUAUCGUAUUUUGUGCCCAAAGUCAAACAGGUUGUUAAUUACCAACAAUUCCAAUUAUAUACUUUGAUAAUAUGAGGAUCAUUCAAAAUUCACUAUUGUUUUAAUUGUACAAUUAACUGUACCAAAUUUUUUAUGAUUGCCAUUUUCUGCAACUUUUUAUUUAAAUAAUCAAUUUUUCUAAAAAUAGAAUUUUUAAUUUAAGAUUAAAUUUAUGCAAUGAAACUUUAGCCUAUGCACCUAUUUUUUAAAAAAUUUAUAGAUAUGCUUUUCUGUUAUGACUCCUAAUUAUUAUAUUAGACAUUUCUUUCUUUUAUGGCUGUUGUAACAAACAGUAAGUUGCAUUUAAUAUAUUAAUAUUUUUCUGUGCCUAUAGAUUAUAUGUAUGAUAUAAAUGGAAUUUUGUUAAUCUAAAUCAAUAUUGUGAGAACAUUGCCUGGAUUUCUCGAUCUCUGCUCAUGUUUUGACUCUAUCCCUGCAACAAUGUGAAAUAAAUUUGAAAAAUUAACAUAUACGUCAGGUAUAUUUGACUCCAACUACGCAAUAAAGCAAAGAUCGCCCCAUUUCUCCUUAUCUACUGUUAUAAGCAACUUAGAUCACUCUAAAAGGUACAUGAAGUAACAGCUCCAGGUGUUGAAAAAUUCUGAGUCUUAAGAUAUUGAUGAAAUUUAAAAGAUAAAAUGGUUUGUUUAGAAAGAUUAUUAUUUUUUGGUUAGAUGCAGAGUUAAGUAAUAAUGAUAAGCAGAUGCAAGAAUGGGAAAUUCCAAAAGACAGUAAUAAUAGUUUAUAAAAUACCUUUAUUAGUAUAUUAAAAAAUAAUUUUCUUUUUAAUUAUUUUCAACUUUUCAGUUUUAUUUAAUAUUAUUUCAGUUAUUUAUUGAUUAUUAUUAAUUCAGUAUUCAGUUUAUAAUUCCUUGCUAUAAAUUUUAUUGAUGCGUGUCAUCAGUGUUUUGUUACAAUAUCAAAUAGGAUCUUGUGUGUGGAAUCAAAAUUUAAAUUAAUUAGUAAAUUAUUAAGCUCUAAAAAUGAUCAAAAGUGUAGUUUUACCAAGAAAAUGCAUAAGAAUUUUAAAAUCCUAUCACAUCAUUUUUAUCAAUACAACAGAAAUGAAGUUAAAUAAAGUGUAUAAAAAAAUAACCCAGACAAAAUUUGUACUAUGAAGUAUUAUGAAAUGCUUAAGGCAAUAUCUCAUUUAUUACACAUUGAUGAAUAGGAAAAAAACAAAAACAAAAAACAUACUUUUUUUACAUUGAGAAAAGGAUCUCCAAAUUUAUUACAACUAAUUGCUCAAUACCUAAGUAUCUUUGCUCUGGAAGUGGAAAAUUUUAUUUCAAUAGCUGUUUUUCAUUCUCUGUCAGUUUUUUUAUUCAUUAUUCUCAUUGUUGUAAUGAAAAUAUAAUACUUAAAGACUUUGUUGAAGUAAUUAGUUUCUCUUGUUCUGUGAAAACCAUGAAAGAAAAUAAGGCUUAUAUAUGCACAAUUCUCCAACUUUCACUAUAAUUUUUAUAUUAUGUGCCGAGUUUUUUGGGUCAUAGUAGAAUGUUCUUGCUUAGUUAUGGUUUUUAUUGAUAAACUAUUUCAAUUAGCAAUAAUGAAUAUCCUAGAAAUGAGGCAUAUUGUAAAAUAUCUUAUAUUUUUUAAAGUGGAAAUCUUGAAAAAAUAUUAUUCAUUUUUUAAAAGUAUAUUUAAUGAUUCAAAAUUAAUAUAAGUUAGAGGAAAUAUUGAUACUAUUUUAAUGAUAUUUUAUAUGCACCAAAACUUAAAAAUGUAUCUAAAAAAAAAUUUUUUUUUCUUAAUGUCUUUCAAAAAUAUUUUAUAAAUCACAUUUCUGGUUUUAAUCAUUUUAUUUGUGUGGUACUUAGUUUUUGUUAUAUGUUUGCAAUAUUAAGAUUUUUUUCAUGUACUUAUUUGUUUUUCUUUUGUUGGGUAUUAUAAAUAUAAAUUAUUCCCAAAACUUGCAUAUGAUAGUUUGAUAUUUUAACUAUUUAAUUGGUCAGAACAAAUAUUCUGUGCCUCAUAAAAUAUUUGAGAGGUCAGAACAAUGUGCAUAUGUUCUGUUCAGGAUAUUUUGAUUAUAUUAUCAAUCAUUUUCAUAAUUUUUUAUUUUCUGAAAGAUGACAUAAUGCUAUCUACACUAAUAAUUUAUCAAAUCUGUUUUUGGUGCUGUAGAUAAUAAGCUAAUGCAUUAAUUUUUUUUUUUAAAUAAUAGAUCUGAAUUUUUUAAUCCUUUUUUUGAAUUCUUUUAAUAUUUUGAAAUAUUAAUUUUAGAUUUUAUCUUAUUAAAAAUAAUUUUAGUGCAUGAUUAAAUUUUGAACUGCUUUGUUUUUUAUGUAUGAAAUGCCCAGUUCCUAUGUUUAAAAACAACAAAUUCUAAGAAAGUCAUGAUGUUGGAAAGAAGAAUUUUUUUUAAAAUUUGUUAUUGAAAUUAUGUUCUUAUAUUAUAAUCUUAAUAGAACUUAAGAGAAUCUAUAGAUAAAAGAGCAAUUUGUGUUACCUAUAAGUAUGAAUCAGAUGUAUUUAUUUUGUAUUCAUGUUUAAAAAACUGUAGCCUUGUUUUUAUACCAUUUAACAUUUCCUUGUUAAAUAAGAAUUAAUGUUUUAUAACCCUAAAAUACAAAAAUUAUAAUUGUUUUUAAAGUUAAAUUAAUAAAUAAAAAGUGUCUAAAUUCAGAUAGCAUUCAAAAUAUUUAAAUUUGAUUUCGAAUACAGUACUUAUAUUGUGUGGUGCUUAUUUUACUUUAAAUAAUAAGAUAUUAGUGGUGCAUUAUUUAAUAUAAAAUACUUGUUUUAAUCAAAGUAUGGCUUUUACUGGUAAAUAUAUGUUUUUAAUUUUAUGUGUGUCAGUAACUACAGUUUUUAUUUUCUGUUUGUUACUAAUGAGUGAAUGUAUCUUUGUCAUUAAAUUAAGGUUUAAAAAUGGAUUGAAUUAUAAAUAAUGUUAUAAACAAAAUUGUUAAUAAUUUUUAUUUUUAUGUGAUUCCCUGAGUUCUUGAAUGUCAUUUGUUAACUUUAAAGAAUAAGGUUGCCAUUUUUGAAAUGUUUUGAAUUGAAGAAAUAUUUUAAAUUCACUGAACUCUUCAGCAUGAAAAAUGUAAAGGAAUUAAUUCAAUUAUUAUUCUUAAAGAAUUUUUUUUAUCUUGUAUAAAAAAAAAAUCUGAUUUUUGGAAAUACUACCAAUGUUUACUAAGAUUAAUAUUACUAAUUAUUUUUUGUCAUUAUAAUGUGAAAGGUAAAUAUUUCAUGUGACAGUUAAUUUUGUAUUUAUCAAAAAUAUUUUAAUUUGUAUAUUCCUGCAAAAAUUAUCAACAUUGUAAUUAAUGAAGAAAAACCAUUUCAGAAUAUUUUAUUUUGAAAUUAUUAUAAAAGCUAAUAAUUAUUGACCUUUUAGUUAAAAGCUGUAAAAUGCUUUAAAAAAGAAUUGUUAAAAAGUGUGUAUAAGGUACAUUCAAAACAUAGUGGAGCUGUGACAUAUUGUAUUAUUCCACAAUGUGGAACUUUGAGAUUUUUCUAGUUGAUAAAUGUUUUAUUUGGUAUAAAACAAUUAAGGAUGAAGUGUUGAUGGGUGAAAGAAGUGACAAAACAAAUGGUGCCAUGUCAUGGAUUCUUUGUAACAGGUUCGGAGUUCAGAAAGUCAAUAUUUUUGGGCAGAAGGAAUUAGUAUGAAUGACAUUAACAUAUCGAAUCAGUUUAAUCAGUUUGUAUAGAAUUGAGUAUACAUUAUAUAGUGUGAUUUUCCAUAAAGAUAAGUAAACUUGUGGCAUUAUCAUAAAUACAAUCAUUGUAAUCAUGAAUGCAUUCAUUGCAUCAUAAGAACUUGUGAUUUUGUAUUUUAAACAUAAUAUGUGCAUAUGUUCAUACACAUAUGACAGCAAAUGUUGGAUUUACUAAAAUCUUCUAUUGACAAAAAAGUAUUGCUGUGUUCUGAACCAGUGUAAAGGAAUCCAUGACAUGACAUGACAUCCUUUAUUUUAUCAUUUCUAUUUCACUUAAUUGCAUUUUAUCACAGAGUUUUUCCGAUCAGAUUUCAAUUAACAAUUUGUUUCUUCAAACACUUUUAAUCAAGACAUACGCAAUCAUCUAUCAGAGAAAUCUCAAAGUUUCACAAUGUGGAAUAAAGCUAUCAAAGUUACAACCCUACUUUCACUAUAACACUUUGGAUAAGCCUUAUGUUUAAAUUAUCUUUAUUUAAAUUUGAAGUUUGCUGCAAGAUAAUUUUACAUGCUUUUGGUGAUCCAUUUGUGAUAAGAUUGAUUUCUAUGGUGCAGCUGUGACCUAGUCAUUACUUUUUCUGAAAAUGCUCUUUUCAGUAGUCUUUCUAGUUAGAUUAUCAUUAUUAUGCCAUUUUACAUAGUUGUGAUGUUUUAUUGAAGUCAUUAACUGUUAUUUCAAAAACUGGGGGCCUUCAACCUUAUAAUAGAGUGGUGUUACUGUUUUUAAUGAUUAUCGAUAUAGUUCAAAGUAUAAUUAUGCAGUUUGAGUUUGCAAACUGCAUCUAGUAUGCAUUUAUUUGUUGAUUUUAGUACUUACUUGUUUGAAAUAAAGUUUGAUUGUUAUU